UGAUAGGUGGCAUUGACUGGCACUGAUGGAUGACACUGAAAGGCAGCUCAGAUGGGCAUUGAUAUGUGGCAUUAAUGUGCACUGGUAGCCACUGUUAUGUGGCAUUGAUGUGGCACUGAUGGGCAUUGGCAGGUGGCAUGGAUGAGCACUGACAGCUGGCACUGAUGGACACUGACAGCUGGCACUGCUGGGGCUACACAGAUCAUCAGGGCACACUGAUCAUCAGUGCCCUGAUCAUCACUGUCAGCGUGACAGCUCGUGAGGAGAGAAAUGCCGAUAACUGGCAUUUCCCUAUUUACAUGUGAUCAGCUGUGAUUGGACACAGCUGAUCACAUUAC